AUGGCCCCACCAUUCCGCGCCGAGCAGAUGGGCUCCCUGCUGCGUCCAGAUAACCUUCUCGAAGCCCGCGAGAAGAUCGCCACCGGCGUUUCCGCCGAAGCCGCAGGUCUCCCCGCCAUCGAACAAGAAGCCGUCCGCGAAGUCGUCAAGAUGCAACGAGACCUCGGCUUCAAGGCCGUCACCUCUGGCGAGUACAACCGCACCCGAUUCUGGGGAUUGAUGUGGGAUGAGUUUGAGGGAACAAUCCGUCUCCAAGACGCCGAAGCCUCGAUGUUCAGACUCUACCACCCGGACGUAGUCAGUCUAAUCGAGCCGGGAGCCAAGGUGAUGCCGGGCGACUCGGUCAUCGCAGGAAGCAAGCUAUCACUCAGCACCGGCACAGCGUCCAACCUGCACGAACUGAAACUCGUGCAAGCGUCGCUGCCGCAGAGCGAAUGGCGCAAUAUCAAACUGACGAUGAUCACGCCAGCCUGGUUCCACAUGCGCUACAAGCAAGGACGAGCGUAUGCGGCUUCCGCCUAUGCCAAUGACGCCGAGUACUUUGCCGACGUUGCGAAGGUGUACCGGGUGGAGCUGGGUGCGCUUUACGAGGCUGGAUUGCGGAACGUGCAGUUCGACGAUCCUGGUAUGGCGUAUUUCUGCUCUGAGGCUUUCCGGAAGGGGUGGGAGGAGGAUGAGGAUAAUGUGGGUUCUGUGGAGGAUUUGCUGGAUGCUUAUAUUCGGCUUUAUAAUGAUUGUCUGGCUGGAUUGCCGGAUGAUAUGCAUACGGGCAUUCAUCUUUGUCGGGGUAAUUUUAUUGGGGGGAGACACUUCUCUGAGGGGUCGUAUGAUGUUAUUGCGAAGAAGUUGUUUGAGGACCUUGCGGUUGAUACGUUCUAUUUGGAGUAUGAUACUGAGCGGGCGGGUGGGUUUGAGCCUUUGAGGUUCUUGCCUAAGGGGAAGAAUGUCGUUGUUGGGGUUAUUAGCACGAAGUUGAGGGAGAUGGAGGAUAAGGAGGCUGUUAAGCAGCGGAUUUAUUCGGCCGCUGAUUUUGUUGCUGAGGGGUCUGGGGAGACGAGGGAGGAGGCGCUUAAGAGGGUUUGUGUCAGUCCUCAGUGUGGCUUUAGUACUCAUGAGAGUGGAUAUCCGCUUCUUGUUGAGCACCAGAAGGCGAAGUUGCAGCUGGUGAGGGAGGUUGCUGAUGAGAUUUGGGGUGAGGCGUGA